UACUGCACCACACAUGGCGGAGGUCCUUUUUCCAUCCAUCACCUGCUAACCCAGCACACUAUGCUGGAUGCCGUGUCGUGUUUUUGCUGGCGCAUUUACCAAUGCGGACCUGGCUAUUCUUGUGGUCGCUAGAAUAAGAAAAAGAAAACAGCGUGACCAGAUCGUUCCCUUGUGCUCUCUGUGGGGGAAGGACGAAGAUACGCACAAGGCAGCGGCGAUCUAUCUCCUAGCAGGGCCACCAGGCCAAGGAACACAUGACCUACAGCGCAUAUCAGUGCAUAAUUGCCAUGUAUCGCAUACAUCUUGCAUGGCAAAGGAUUCUGCUUUGUAGGUGUAGAUCAGCCGGCUCAGUGACACGGGCCAGCAGCAAGGAAAAAAUUUCUCUAUGUUGUGUUGGUAUAGGGCCUUCGCAGAGUGCUGGCAAUAUUGGUUCCUUUUCCAAAAAUGGCCGGAGGAGGGAUUUCCCUACACGCACGCAUAUGCCAAGUGAUGGCAGGCGGAAUAUCCGUUUACCAAAACAAUUCAGCCUUGCUCUCCCUUUUUGUCGUGCCAUUCUCAAUAUCACCUGGUCCGUAUGCCGCUACCAUGUCCGCAUUUGCAUUCCCUCCGAUGUUCAGCCGAAUUCCAACAGUGCGGUCCGUGAUAGGGAGGGAAACCUCCGUUUUCUGUAUUUCUGGCAGCCUAAAUGCUUUCCGCAAGAUGCCGACCAACUCUAUUCUUGUUCGUCAGGGGUAAGCUGGAUCGAGCUUAUGUGCAUGUCCGACGCUCGGGAUUUGCUCGCACGAUAGCAGAAUAUAUGAUUUGAACUUGAAAUAUAUUGCAAUAUCAUCA